AUGAGAACUUUAUCAUCUCCCAAUCGACUCCGCAAAACCCUUGUCCUCUACCGUUCAAUAAACCUUAAACCCUUUUCUUCAAUUCAACACAUCACACCUCCAAUUACAAACCCCGUAGACGACGCUACUGUAAUCCAAACCCUCCUAGGUCGCAAAAACGACCCCGUUUCAGCUCUCCACUACUGCAACUGGGUCAGACCGUUAAACCAACUCCGCCUCGGAGGAGGAGGAGACCUCUUCUGGGUCCUCAUCCACAUCCUCGUCACCUCUCCCCACACCCACGACCGCGCCAACAACUUACUCGUCCUCUUAAUCUCAUCAAACCCUGACCUCUCUCCAACCCUAACGGUUAACCAGCUACUCGACUCCGCUCAAAGGUUCGAUCUUGGCCUCGACCCACGACCCUUUAACUACCUGUUGAACGCUUAUAUACGCAACAAGAGGGUUGAUGACGCUGUGGAGUGUUUUAAGCUGAUGGUUGAUCGAAAGGUUGUUCCUUUCGUGGCUUACGUGAACAGUUUGCUGGCUUCUUUGGUUAGGAGUAAUGAGAUUGGUGAAGCUAAGGAGGUUUAUGAGAAGAUGGUUGAGAUUGGCGUUGGUGGUGAUAACGUGACGACUCAGUUGUUGAUGAGAGGGUGUUUGAGGGAGCGUAGGCCUGAGGAGGCUUUGAGGGUUUUCAGGAGAGUGGUGGGGUGUAGAGAUGCGUUCAUGUAUAGUCUCGCUGUUCAAGCUGCUUGUAAGAUGGGUGAUUUGGGGGAGGGUUUGGGGUUGUUGAGGGAGAUGAGGGAGGAGUUGGGUGUUUGCGGGUCUCAGGAGACGUAUACUAGCGUGGUUGUGGCUUGUGUGAAGGGAGGGAGGGUUGAGGAGGCGGUUAGGGUUAAGGAUGAGAUGGUUGGUUUGGGGAUACCGGUGAGUGUGAUUGCUGCCACGAGUUUGGUGACUGGUUAUUGCAAGGAGGGGGAGUUUGGUAAGGCUUUGGAGUUGUUUGAAGGUGUGGUGGUGGCUCCGGAUAAGGUUAUGUUCUCGGUUAUGAUUGAGUGGCUUUGUAGGAAGGAUAUGAUGGAGAAAGCUGUUGAGGUUUAUAAACGGAUGAGAGGGGCAGGGAUCACUCCUUCCUCUGUUCUUGUUCACACGUUGAUCAAAGGGUGUUUGAGAGCUGAGUCAUCGGAAACGGCUCUUGAGAUCUUCAAUGACGGUGGUUACGAGACAGGGCUUGCGCAUGGUAACACGAUUCUUCAGUUGUUAUGCAAGCAAGGGAAGGUUGAUGCAGCGAGGGGUUUAAUGAAGGUGAUGGAAGAUAAAGGGAUUGAGAUUAAUGUUGUUUCUUAUAAUAACAUGAUGCUUACUCAUUGUAGAAUGAAAGACAUGGACUCGGCUCGUUUGGUUUACUCUGUUAUGCUUGAGAAGGGUCUAGAGCCGACGAACUUCACUUACUCCAUAUUGAUUGAUGGGUUCUUCAAGAACCGGGAUGAAGAGAGUGCCUGUGAUGUCAUCAACCAAAUGAUCUCUCGCAAUUUCGAAGCUAGUGAAGUUGUAUACAACACAAUCAUCAAUGGAUUGUGCAAAGUUGGCCAGACAUCUAAAGCAAGAGAGAUGCUGCAAGACUUGAUCAAAGAGAAGCGUUGUUCCUUUAGCUGCAUGAGUUACAACAGCAUCAUAGAUGGAUUCUUCAGAGAAGGUGAAACAGAUUCUGCUGUAGAAACUUACAGAGAGAUGAUCAGUGAAAACGGUGUCUCUCCCAAUGUCGUAACCUUCACCAGCUUGAUCAACGGAUUCUGCAAAAGUGAUAGAAUGGACCUAGUUCUUGAAAUGAGACAAGAAAUGGAGAGAAGGGAUGUGAAACUCGAUGUUCCAGCCUAUGGUGCUCUAAUAGAUGGCUUCUGUAAAAAGCAAGACAUGAAAACCGCGGUUUCUCUCUUCUCUGAGCUCUUGGAGGUAGGUGGAUUGGUUCCCAACGUCUCUGUCUACAACAGUUUGAUCUCAGGGUUCCGUAACCUAGGUGACAUGGUUGCAGCCAUUGACAUGUACAAGAAGAUGGUGAGUGAUGGAAUAAAGUGUGAUCUCUUCACGUAUACAACGCUGAUAGAUGGGUUGUUAAAAGAUGGAGAUCUGAUCUCAGCCUCUGAUCUGUACUCGGAGGUUCUUGCUUCAGGUAUGGUCCCUGAUGAAGUCUUGUUGGUGGUGCUUGUCAAUGGUCUAAGUAAGAAGGGACAGUUUGUGAAGGCAAGCAAGUUGCUAGAGGAGUUGAAGAAAAGGGAAGAUGUGACUCCAAAUGUGCUCAUCUACACUAGUGUAAUCGCAGGACAUUAUAGAGAAGGAAAUUUGGAUAAGGCGUUUCAACUUCAAGAAGAGAUGAUUGAGAAAGGUCUUGAAUAUGAUCAUGCUAUAUUUGAUCUACUCGUGAGUGGAAAAGUUGAAAAAAACUCAUGCUGUUAGUUAGCUUUUGGCUUUUCUCCUGAAACGAGAUCAAGAGCAAGCAACAUUUUUCAGGCGCAUCAAUAUUAGUCAUCCUGAGUGUGGUUUCAGGAGACCGAUAGAGGAAAUGUCUCAAAAAGAUUGCAAGCAACAUCAAGGUUAUGAUGAGAAAAAUCAUCUAAGCAAGUAAACAUUUUUUUUUUUAAUGGAGAUGAUAGAAUCCUCAUACUACUUUUUGAACGAUUGAUUAGUUAUAAAAAGGAGGCAGGUCGGGUCUGGAGGGGUUUGUCAAUGCUCUAUUCCAAAG